AUGUUUGGAUACAAUCUUUUGAUUACCAUUUUAGGGCUAUACUCAGUCCUUGGAGCUUCAUAUUCCCCCACCCUGGACGUCAAAAAUACAAAUCAACUCACCAAUGCCGCAACUCAAGCUCUUAAGAAUCUGUUGACCUAUCUUGACGGUUAUGAUGGCUCGUUUAGCCAAACCGAUACCCCGUGGCAUGAAUCAGGCAUGAUCUGGGGCAUGUUCAUGGACUAUGCGCAAUACACAGGAGAUAGACAGUUUUCCGAUCUAGUCACCAGUGCUCUAGUCAAUUCAUCCUUCAAAACUGCCCAUGACUUCCUCGGAGGCAACCAGGGUCAGGUGGUGGAAAAAUUUCUCGGGCGAUGGAAUGAUGACAUCUUAUGGCCCAACCUCGUUAUUAUCACCGGGGCAGAACUUUUCGGGCCGAAUGCGCAAAUGGCGGGUGGCAACGGAGAUUGGAUCAGUCUAGCCACGAAAACCUACGACCAAGUCUGGGCUCAGAAUGAUAACAAGUGUGGAGGCGGAAUAUAUUGGUCCAGGAACCGGGAAUCCAAGGGUGGAAACUACAAGUCUCUGAUUACGCAAGUGGAAUUUAUCUCUCAAGGCGCCCGAAAUUUCAUGCAAACGAAGAACGCCACAGCUUUUGAGCAAUCGAAAACUAUCCUGGAUUGGAUCACAUCAUCAGCCAUCGGGGAUCAGAAAACUGGCAUUCUGUAUGAUGGUCUUGAAGCUAACGACUGUGGAAAGCUGUCAACCUCGCUAUGGACUUACAAUUAUGGACAAUUGCUUGGUUCCCUCGCGUGGAUGUUCAAAGCAACAGGAGACAAGAAAUACCUCGAUAUGACGACUUCAUACUUUGAUUAUGGCGCCCGUACUUUUGCUGGUUCGAAUACGUCGGGUAUCAUUGCUGAGCAAUGCGAAGCGGACAAGAGCUGCAACCGAGACCAACAGGGAUUCAAAUCAGUUUAUGUCCGCAACUUAGCUUAUCUUUACCGAAUAACCAACAAUCAGACGAUGAAGGCACAGAUUCAAAACAUGAUUGACACCUCUGUCAACGCCAUGGGCCUCGAAGGGCUACUGUUCAAGGUGCCAGCGCAGCUGAUCACCUGA